UAUCAAAUAUGAAAAUCGCACUUGCUUCCGUAUUUCUUUUGGCCGCAUAUGCUUCGGCAUUCGGCGUUCUCGAAGAGAUAGAAGAGAUAAGGCCGGUAGUUGGUGGAAUCUCUGGUACAGGAACAACCUCGCGUUACUGGGAUUGCUGCAAACCAACAUGUGCUUGGCCUGGAAACGUAAAAUACAAAAAACCAGUCAAAGCAUGCAAAGCAGAUGGAUCUAAUGCCAACGAUCCCGAAAACCAAUCAGGUUGUGUUGGAGGACAAUCCUACAUGUGUACCAACCAAUCUGGAUACGUUAAAAAUAAUACUUUAGCUUACGGUUUUGUCGCAGCUAAAUUCGUCAAUGCAGGUGGCAGAAACAUGUGUUGUUCUUGCGUUAUGUUCACCUUCAACACAAAAUAUCCUUCCCCUUUGAACGGCAAAAAAAUGUUGGUCCAAGUUACCAACACAGGAGAAGACGAUCCAGACGCAGACCACAACUUAUUUGACAUUGCAAUGCCUGGUAGUGGUGUCGGCUACUACACCAAAGGAUGUCCUGGCCAGUGGCAUAAUGACGUCAGCGUUUGGGGUGACCAAUAUGGAGGAGUUAACUCAGAAGCAGAAUGUUACAAGCUACCUAAACCUUUGCAAAAACCUUGUGCGUUCAGAUUCCAAUGGAUGUCCGGUUACUCCAACCCUGAUGUCUCCUUUUACGAGGUCACUUGUCCAAAAGAGCUUAUAAAUAUUAGUGGAUGUUCGCCAGUAGGAUAUUAA